AUGUUUAUGACACAGAGCUUCAAGGCAGUAGACUGUCCAUUCCAGAAUGGUUGUAUACUUGGUGACCUAUGUUACUUUGGUCAUGGACAUCAACUGCAGCAGCAACAACAACAACACUUGAUGCAGCAGCCACUACAACAACAACCAAUACCGAUAAUACCUCAACAACAACAGCCAUUCAUUCAACAACCAUCAUAUUACAAUCAACAAUCCCAGCAGUACUCACAACAGUUCCAACAACCAAUGCCAAUGAAUAUGCCAAUGAACAAUAACAUACCAGUUGUAUACAAUCAACAAGCACCACUGAUACAGCCACAAGUAGUAGCACAACAACCAAUUGUACAGCCUCAGCAACAGAUAUACCAACAACAACAACAACAGAUGGUACAACCACAACAACAACAACAUAGACCUGGUAUUGUACCACCACAACAGCAGCAUCAACAUCAGCAUCAGCAACAGACUACAACACCUCUGGUAACCGACCCAAGGAAGCGCUCAUUGACGCCGGCAACACAGACCCAACCUCAAACACAGACACCAUCAUCGCUCACCUCACCCACUGCACUUCCCGUAUCACCAAUCAAGUCAAAGACUACAGCAACAACUACAGCAACAGUCAACAAUGAUGAACAGCCACCAAAGAAACAUCUAAAGGUCGAGCCACUCUCACCAACAUCAACAUCAUCACCAUCCAAGCCGACAACUACAGCUUCAAGUACCAACACACCAUCGACUACAUCACCGGCAAUCGAUCUACUUCAGGUCAAGACAUCGAUGUGGAACCCAUCGCUACAGGGUGCAACGGCCAAGCCACCCAAAGAGAUGCUGGACAUCAUUCAGAACCAAGAACAACUCGACCCAGCUCGUUGGAGUGCUCUAGGUAUCGAGGUCAGCCAACUCCCAAUGAUACCAGUGGAGACUAGGACCAAAGUGCCAAGGUUCGCUCGUCAAGCUAUCCUGUUAUAUAUCCUCGAGAAGUGCAUGGAUGUAUUGAAUGGCGAUGUGUCGGAAUCAAUCCAAGCGGCCAAGGCUAUCGAGUCUAAGUUAUACUCUAUUGCUGUGAGCAAGAAUGUAUACCUCAAUCUAGUUUCAAAGGAAUUGUCAAACUAUCUCAAAGAGUUAAAGCCUCCUGAAGAAGAGGUUAAGCCUGAGACCGACCCCAAGGAAUCGGCGAAGGAUGAUGGAGAGACAGAGAAUGAGGAAGAGGAGGCAGUUCAUAAGGACGACGACCAAACAAUGGAUGAAGGUCAACAAGAUGAACAGGAGGAAGAGGACGAUGAUGAGGAGCUCACUGAAGUUGAAGAAGACGAGGAG